AUGGGUUUCAAAUUGGAGCAGUAUAUACACCAGAAGAUCUGGAAAACAGCUAUACAGGACGAAAAAAACUCAAGAAGCCCCGAGCAACACACCAUCUGGGAAUUGGAAUCUGAAGCAAGAGAUAAAGGAAAUAAUAUAGACAGGGACAGAUGGAAGAAAUUAGCCACAAAACAAGGCCGAAGUCUCCUGCAAGUAGACUUAAGGGCAAAACUAUUAUGCCAGGCAUUGGAGAUAUGGAUGACAAACCUAGAAGAAACAUCCGAAGGAAUCUGGGAAGGGGAAAGAGUUACAUGCGAUGUGGAUUCACUGGGAUUUUUAGGGGGCAGAUGGAAAGAGAACAGUUGUCCCAUAACACACGGCAAUAACAGCUGGGCGAGAUUGACGGGGGACAAACCGUUAACGAGGAAACAGCCUUAUCAGAGAAAUCUGGCAGUUUGCAUGGAUAUGAUGAGUAUAAUCUUAGGAAUCUAUGAUAAUAUAACGAGAGAAGGGGACGGAUGGAAGGUGAACUCCGAAGAUGCCUGUUUAAGAUUAUCAGAAGAACUCACAGCCUGGGCAGGAAAGGCCACAAGCGACGAAAUUAUGAGCUCCUGGUUCAAUAACAUGAAUCCCAAGCAAAGAGAAACAGACAACAUCCCCAUUAGAACCCGCAAGAACAAAGCGGAGCUCUGGGAGCCUUUCUUUAAGAAAUUGGGAACCUACGUCAUCAGCUUAGUUUGUUAUAAGGACCCAGAUACAAACAGCUGGGAUACCACCUGUGUAGUCACGAAGAAGUCGAGAAACUGCGAGCAUCAGAGCGGAGUCGAGACUCCGGAGGAGUACCAAAAGGUAAGUAUGAGCAGAGGAUUGUCCAAGGGAUUGAUGCUAAGCCAGAAAAACAACUUAAGCCCCCUCAGGGCACCGGGAACGAGACUAAAAGCAGAACAACUGAAUGAAGAGUUAAACCUGCUGAAGGACCAAAUAGGCAGGUCAGAGGAAAGAACACAGGAGGAAAAUGUAAUAAAGGACCUACAGAAGGCAUCAACUCUAAUGAGCAAAGAAUUGGACCAAGGAAAAACAGGUAUAGGGAAUUAUAUAGUAGGGGGAGCGGUAGGGGUAAUGAUUUUAAGUUUAGGAUUGAUGAGUAGGAUUUUCAUAAGGAGAAGAAGAAGAGGAGGAAUAAGGUCUCGGAUUAAAUCGACGACAUUUGACAAGUUCAGUAAACAAAGAAGUGGGAUAAAGCAAGAAGGAAAUCUCCCAAGGCCAAAGAGAGAAACGGAGCAGAAGGAGAGGACCGGGAACGCCGACACGGGGCCAAGGAACAGAAAUCAGGGAACCCCAGGGCCAUAUGAGAGGAAGAUAUUAAUGGAUCAGAACGGCAACUUCGAGGAUUAG